AUGACCACCCUAUCCCUGGCAUUCCUCCUGACACUUGUUGGAUUUGUUGCCGCCGCCCCCGCCACUCCAGUCGCCCAGCCCAACCACAUGCGGAGUUUUGAGAUGCCGCCUCGGCAACCUUACAGUAUGAUGGAAGGCUUCCAACCUAUUGCGGUGCCGCCAUACAAACGAAGUGAGCAUUUUUGAGGGGUUUGGAGGGAAAGACUAGAGUUUUUAGAGGGUAAGAAGGCAUCUGAAUCCUUCAUGAUCUAGGAAAACUCAUUACUUUUUGACAUCUUUUGAUUCCCUUGUUAUGAUGACGAUGUUUCUUUAGAAAGAAAAUCAAAAAAGCCUAACCAUCUCCUUAUCUCAACAUGAUUACUUCUUCUAAGCUAUCAAUUUUUCAGGCCCCUACCCCGAAUACAUAAACGCAGCCCCAGUUGGAGCCCCCGCAUUGGCAUUUGGCCCGUUCUCGGCCCCAUCUUUCGGCCCUCGGCCCUUCGAGAUGGUCCCUCCAGCCUCCAGCGCCUUCUACGGAUUCCGCAGCUUCUAA